AAAACCUCAGGUGCUCCAGUGCUCCUCACACAGCCAGAAUCUCCUCUCCUCAUUCAGCCUUCCCAGUGCUUUGGGGCUCCCUUCUUCCUUAGACAGGAUGUCUCACCAGAAAAAGCAGCCCACCCCCAUACCCCCAGUGAUCUGCGGGAAGACCUCCGGCGGCGGCGGCGGCGGCGGCGGCGGCGGAGGCUCUGGCGGCAGCGGAGGAGGCUGCAGUUCCGUCUGCGGCGGCUACUCUGGCGGUGGCGGCUCCGGUAGCUACGGCGGCGGCUCCGGCGGAGGCGUCAAGUAUUCAGGGGGCGGCGGCGGCGGCUCCCACUGCGGAGGCGGCGGCGGCUGCUUCUCCAGCGGUGGGGGCGGCGGCUGCGGCGGCGGCUCCUCCGGGGGCGGCGGCGGCUCCAGCUGCGGAGGGGUCUCCUCCGGGGGUGGCUCUGGGAGCGGCAAGGGCGUCCCAAUCUGCCACCAGACCCAGCAGAAGCAAGCGCCUACCUGGCCAUGCAAAUAAGGCCCCCUGGACGCCACGGAGGGGAAGGAGCUGGAGGUGUAAUGCUCCGUGGGCGCCGAUGGGCUUAGCGCUCUCAUGAUAUUGCCCUGAGGUUUCUCAAUCCUUCACGUCUUAAUCCGCCCGAAGCCACUGAGUUCCCAAACUGCUUGUUGUUCUGCAGUUUUCCCUCCUUGGUUUCCGUACAACUACCUCCCAAUCCCAGUACCUCCUCAGUCAAUAAAUUUGCAAUUCAUGAGAA